UCCGCAUUUAGUAACACGGCCAAACGAAAUGUGAUUUCAAGUUUCAAGAACGUUCUGACUAUCUCAUUCCAGCAUUAUGAAGUGUAUACCCAUGGUCGUAGUGUGUUUGUGUUUAAAAUUAGUGCAAGGUAAUAUAGACAGUAAAUUACAUUAUUUUGAAACCCUGAAAUCAGUGGAGGUGCGGAGUCGUGUCAAGAGAAGUGCGGAUGGACAGAGUGCAGCUUAUAAGGAAGUCUGGUUCAGUGCCUUAGGAAGAAACUUCAAUAUGGUGAUGAAACCUGACACCAGAGUUUUGUCCAACUCUUUCAAAUCUUUCACUGUCAACGAAGAUGGACAUACAGAGCCAUUUCAUAUCAACCGGAAUGAGUUCUAUACUGGACAUUUAACAGAUGGAGAGGGUGUAGUUGAUGCUCAUUUAGAAGACUCACAGUGGAAUAUUCAAGUGGCAAUGAAAGAUGAUGUUUACUCUGUUGAGCCGUCAUGGAGACACCUGCCUCCCUCAGACAACCACACCCUGAUUGCAUACCGCCACUCUGACAUCAAGUGGGACCACGCCUACCCUCACCUGUCCAACCACAGCAACAAGAGACAAAGUAUAUGUGAGAGUAUUCAUCCUGAUAUUGGAGAGGGAGAAAUUGAUGAGGAAUCAGAAGAAAACCAGACAGAUUCAGCAGAUCAUGGACGUCAGAAGAGGCAAGCAUGGCUGCUAAAUAAAAACACUUGCAACCUAAUCUUGGUCGCAGACUACUUGUUUUAUGAAGGUGUUGGCGGAGGUUUCAAACAUCGAACUGCAAACUAUUUGAUUGGGCUGAUCCAGAGGAUAGACAACAUUUACCGUGACACGCUAUGGAAUAAGGAAAAGGGACAGAUAGGAUUUGGAUUUCAGAUCAAAGAGAUGCGUAUCCACAACAAGCCUACAACUGUAGCUAAGGGAGAAAAACACUACAACAUGAAGAACCCCAGCCAGUGGGACACACGCCAGCUGCUGAAUGAGUUCAGCAGCCAUGUGUAUUUUGGUCGAUUCUGCCUGGCACAUCUCUUCACAUACCAGAGUUUCAGCGGCGGCGUCUUGGGCCUGGCGUACAUAGGGUCACCGAGACUAGGCACUGUCGGCGGAAUAUGUUCUCCCUCCUACACAAGGCGGGGUAAGAGGCACUACCUCAACACUGGGUGGAGCAGCUCCCUCAACACAGCAGGCAUCAGGCAGCUCACACAGGAGUCCACAUUAGUUACAGCUCAUGAAUUUGGCCACAACUGGGGCAGUGAGCAUGACGUAGACACGCCCGAGUGUGCCCCUGACUCCUUCAACAAGGGCCGCUACAUCAUGUACCCCUACGCCGUCAGCGGGUGGGAGGAAAACAACCAUAUAUUCUCCCCCUGCAGCAGGCGUUAUGUGUCCGAUGUGCUGAGAGCCAAAGCUUUCAAGUGUUUUGUAGAGAGGAAGGACAAUGUGCCAUACUGUGGGAACGGCAUCGUGGACAACCUGGAGAACUGUGACGCCGGACCUGAUGGUGACGACUGCUGCACCAGCAAGUGUCGGUUCAAGUCAGGAGCCACUUGCAGCCCCAUGAACUCGGAGUGCUGUGAGAACUGCCAGAUGGCCACUGAGGACUACCAGUGUAGAAUCACGUCCCCCAACAGCUGUCUACAGACCACCAAGUGCAACGGUUCUAGUUAUGACUGCCCAAUGGCCGAGCCGAAGUUGAAUGGAACAGAUUGUAUAGAUGGUGGGAAAUGCUACGAUGGUAUAUGCAAGUCUUUCUGUGAAGUUAUGGACAUGGAGCCGUGCAUCUGCUUGGACAAACAGAGUGCCUGCGCCAGAUGUUGUAAACACACAGACAGUGGCCCGGAGGGGUGUAAACCUAGGGGGGGAAAUCUGGAGGAAGGAAGGCCCUGUUACCAGGGUUACUGCUCAAAGGAAGGGACCUGCACCAAGACCACAACGGAUCUUAUCUACAGGUUCUUUGACUUCAUAGAGAAACUCACUCCCAGUAAAUUUGUGGAGAUCAUGAGAAGCAACAUUGUGGGGACGGUCAUCGUGUUGUCCUUGAUCAUCUGGGUGCCUGCCAGCUGGGUGUUCAGCUGUAUAGACAAGAGAGAGGAAAAAGAAAGUAAAGAUGUCCGAGAUUGGAAAGGGAGUCCCUACCUUAUCACCAGUGAUGAAGUCUUGGAGAGAAAAAUCCAGGUGUCAGGAAUCCGGCGCCUAGGCCGACCAGCGCCACCCAGGAGGGCCUUGUCCCAGUCCACAGGUUCAGUGCAGUCCAUGGAAAAAGAGUCCACAGUUUGACCACUCAAGGCUUCAUAGCUUACUUUCAUGAAAGACAAGAAGUGGGUAUUUGUUGUCAACAUGUCGUUUGUGCAAUGAUUGGUUUUGCAAACGUAAAACAUUGACGUACUGUCGGCUCCAUGUUAGACAAGCACAAACUACAGGGGGCCAGAUUGCAUGUAGAUUUAUUGCAAUUCUCAGCUGGAGGGGUGUUUAUGUUGGGCAAAAUGGCCACAUUUCUGUGGAGUCAUCACUAAUCUUGAGCAAGCAUGGCCCACUAGUCUAAGGUGUUGAAAUUUGCUUGACGGAGUUGUAUCCCUUUACCUUGCCAAAUCUGAUGAUGAUGGGGUAAAAUCCCAUAUUCAUCUUCAUUAUCCUUCAUCUAUCAGCUGUUUUCCAGGUUUGUGGGUUUCUACAAUGUGGUAGACAUCAGUGAUCUGCAGCACUUCAGGCUUUCUUCUACCAGUAAGCUGACAUGCUGUGAUAUUACUGAAGUCAUGUUCAGACAUUAAUCACAAAUCACUCACUCCUCACAAGUGUUUGUCUGUAUGAUAAUAGACUGAAAUUUAGUCCCUAAAAUAAAGUUAUCUUAUCUAAAAAUGUAUAUCAAUAAAAUAAAAUAAAUAAAAUCCAAAUGAAGCCCAGAAUAAUCCUCAGCAGACUUGCCAAAUUAUUCUAGACUUGAGUUAGACUCCUUUUAUAUAUUUUUCUUUAGGGUCUGGAAGACAGACCAGUACAAUAACUGUAAUUAUCUAUUACCCAUUCUCAAUUACCAUAAAUGGUACAGAUGCUGAUUUUUGUCAAGACAAAAAAACCAAAGUGCUAUAAUCAAAACCUGUUGAAAAAUGUAUUUUAUGGAAAUGUUUUUUGAGGAAAUCAAAAAAUUAUAUUUGAAAUUGAAAUUGUUAUUUUUUCUAUUUUUUCAACCUACCAACCUGAAAUUUUUUAGCACCCCCACCCUCCAAAAUAAAUAAACCUGACCUUACCAUAUUCGCUGCAAUAAUUACCCUUUGGGAGUGUUUAUAAACACUGUACACAACGAGUUGGCUACAGAGUUCUAGUUUGUAAGUGUAACAGUCUGUAGUCGUUAUGUAGUCAUUUAUCUAUGCAGUAUGAUGUCAAAUGAAAUGAAUAGUGAUUAAAGGAUACCGGUAGGUACAGUAUGGAUUGAGAAUAAAUGUAGUGUUGAUCCAGCAUAGGUGCAGUAUUUGAUAUAGCAUAGGUGCAGUAUUUUAUACAGCAUACAUGGCAUAGGUGCAGUAUUUGAUAUAGCAUAGGUGCAGUAUUUUAUACAGCAUAGGUGCAGUAUUUGAUAUAGCAUAGGUGCAGUAUUUUAUAUAGCAUAGGUGCAGUAUUUUAUACAGCAUAGGUGCAGUAUUUUAUACAGCAUAGGUGCAGUAUUUGAUAUAGCAUAGGUGCAGUAUUUUAUACAGCAUAGGUGCAGUAUUUGAUAUAGCAUAGGUGCAGUAUUUUAUAUAGCAUAGGUGCAGUAUUUUAUACAGCAUAGGUGCAGUAUUUUAUAUAGCAUAGGUGCAGUAUUUUAUACAGCAUAGGUGCAGUAUUUGAUAUAGCAUAGGUGCAGUAUUUGAUAUAGCAUAGGUGCAGUAUUUGAUAUAGCAUAGGUGCAGUAUUUGAUAUAGCAUAGGUGCAGUAUUUUAUACAGCAUAGGUGCAGUAUUUGAUAUAGCAUAGGUGCAGUAUUUGAUAUAGCAUAGGUGCAGUAUUUUAUACAGCAUAGGUGCAGUAUUUUAUACAGCAUAGGUGCAGUAUUUGAUAUAGCAUAGGUGCAGUAUUUGAUAUAGCAUAGGUGCAGUAUUUGAUAUAGCAUAGGUGCAGUAUUUUAUACAGCAUAGGUGCAGUAUUUUAUACAGCAUAGGUGCAGUAUUUGAUAUAGCAUAGGUGCAGUAUUUGAUAUAGCAUAGGUGCAGUAUUUUAUACAGCAUAGGUGCAGUAUUUGAUAUAGCAUAACUUAAAACACUAAUGAUGCAGCUUGGAUCUGGAAUGGGUGAGGAGAGGUGAGGUGAAAUGGGGAUUAACGUUGCAUCCAAGAUUAUUCCGACAUGCUUGAGUGUGUGUGUGUGUGUGUGUGUGUGGCUGCUUUUACUAGUCUGGACUAAU